AUAAUACUAUUUAGAACUAACCAAAAAAGAAGGAAGAAAGGAACAAUAUGGCAAAUGUACUUCCUUUCUGAUAAGUGAGCUAUGCGUAAAUAGGCUUGAUUCAUACAAUCACAUCAGACAUUUAAAGAAAAUAAAAAAAAAAUGGCAGACGAUACCAAAAUUGGAGGAGGGCAGGCGAUGAAGCGCUGUUGUGGUUUCCAUUGGAGGGGUAAGGCGACCAUUCUCAUACCUCUUCUUUUAUUGCCCUUACUGAUAUUUGCCUACCUUAACAACAACCCGGCUUAUAAAUGCAUGUACCUUGUGAUUAUUAUGGCGUUUUACUGGAUAACCGAGGUUAUUCCACUUUAUGUGACGGCUAUGUUACCGGUGGUUUUCCUGCCAUUAUUUGGUAUUUUGCCCUCGGAGACCGUUUGCCGCUUUUACUUCAGUGACACUGUGGUUAUGUUUCUUGGUGGCUUGCUGAUCGCACUGGCCAUCGAAUACAGCAGGCUUAAUCAGAGAAUCGCAUUGGUGGCUAUUCUGAUAGUCGGAUGCAGUCCAAGGCGUCUGCACUUUGGCUUGGUCAUGGUGACUUGCUUUAUAUCACUGUGGAUCUCUAAUUCGGCAACCACGGCCAUGAUGUGUCCCAUAGUCAAGGCGGUGCUUCUUGAAAUGGAAACACAAAAUGUGUUUGCCAUCUACAAGACUCAGGAAGAAGAGCCGAUGGAGGAAGGUAGUGUUCCGCACCCAUCGACCAUCGCAAUGUCCUUUUAUCUUGGAAUCGCUUACGCCUCUUCGAUCGGCGGUUGUGGCACCCUGAUAGGAACCGGGACAAACCUUACCUUCAAGGGACUUUAUGACUCGCGGUUCCCGAAUUCUGUUGAGACAUUAGACUUCCCCAUAUUUAUGGCAUACUGCAUGCCCUUUGUGGUCAUCGCACUCAUCUUGCUCACCUACUUUUCGCUUCAAAUCACCCAUAUGGGUCUCUUCCGGCCGAAGAGCAAGGUGGGAGCGGAGAUCAAGAAGGGCGCCGAGGGAAAGGAAGUCGUCAAGAAUGUGAUCAAGGAGAGCAAGGCCGCGCUGGGACCCAUGACCUGUCACGAGAUCCAGGUGGCAGUGGUCUUUAUAUUGAUGGUUAUCUUGCUUUUUACGCGAAAACCGGGCUUUGUUAAGGGCUGGGCUGACUUCCUGAAUGCACAAAAAAUUAUGAGUGGACCGCCGGUAUUUUUUGCAGUCAUCCUGCUCUUUGCCCUGCCUACUCAGUACACCUUCUUCAAGUACUGCUGCGGGAAGGCCCCCUUUCCCGGCCAGACGUUGGAUGCUUGUCUUUCUUGGGUCUAUUGCCUAAAGAAUACGCCGUUCGGUCUUUGCUUUCUACUGGGUGGAGGAUUUGCCUUGGCCGAGGGCAGCCAGGUAAGCGGAAUGGCCAAAUUGCUUGGAGACUCGCUGUCUUUCGCCUCCAAAAUGCACUCCGUAUUGGUGGUGGGCAUGUGCAUCAUUAUAGCCCUAAUCUGCACAGCCUUUACUUCCAACGUGGCCAUGUGCAACAUUUUAAUUCCGAUCUUUUCGGAAAUGGCCUUGGCCAUCAAAGUGCACCCCUUGUCACUGACUUUCCCAGCAUCUUUGGCCUGCAGUUUGGCCUUCCAUCUGCCAGUGAGCACUCCACCCAAUGCAAUCAUAGCCGGCUUUUCGGGACUCAAGACGAAGUAUAUGGCGAUAGCUGGAAUUUUACCAACCUUUUGGGCCUUCUGUUGUCUGCUAUUCACCGGAACAAUCUGGACCAAGAUUAUCUAUCCGGGCACCAAGGAAUUUCCCGAAUGGGCAAAAUGAGCAUUUUAUAUUAAUAUUCAGGUCUCUAU